ACAGCGACAGCGUUUACAAACAGUUCAGUAACUCAUAAUCCGCCGGAGGUAAAAGUCAAUACAUUUAAUACCAAAGAUACACUUUAAAAUAGACGAAAAAUCGCGAGUGCGAGUUCGAGUUCGAGUUCGAGUUGUGGGAACCAUAAGUGGGAAAAGCAAAAUCCAAGAUAAUUAAUUGAUCAUAGCGUGAUCACAUUGUGGAACGUGUCGACUAGAGAGCAUUUACUAUAACAGAGGCGCUUCAAUUUGAAGACAAAUCAAAUAAAUUUCAAGCUCUGGUUUAACAGUCGCUGAGACUACACCUGGUAGGAGCUGUGAAAAUGGCAGCGAAGAUGGCAGUAAUCUGCAGCAUUCUGGCUGUGCUUGUUCUGCUGCCCGGCGCUCCAGCCUUCCGCACGCAGUCGACCCUCAUACAGCCCCCCGCACAGAAUAACGACAAAUUCGCGCCCAGCCGCCACGUCAUGCAUCGUGCGUUCGCCAAUGCUGGCCGUGCGCCCGGCUUGGAGAUUUGGAGAAUUGAGAACUUUGAGCCUGUGGUAUACCCAAAAAAUAACUAUGGCAAAUUCUAUACCGGAGACUCGUUUAUUGUUCUAAAUACAAUCGAACGCAAAGACAAAAAGCUCUCCUGGGAUAUUCACUUCUGGUUGGGUUCGGAAACAUCGACUGACGAAGCUGGCGCUGCUGCGAUUUAUGCUGUGCAGCUGGAUGACCUGCUUAAUGGCGCACCGGUGCAGCACCGUGAAGUUCAGGAUCACGAAUCACAGCUAUUUCUCAGUUACUUCAGAAAUGGUGUGCGUUAUGAGCAAGGUGGCGUAGGAACUGGCUUCAGGCAUGUAACGACCAAUGCUGCAGGCGAAAAGCGUCUCUUCCAGGUUAAGGGCAAACGUAACGUGCGUGUCCGUCAAGUGAAUCUGUCCGUGUCGUCAAUGAACAAAGGCGAUUGCUUCAUUUUAGAUGCCGGCAAUGAGAUACUCGUUUAUGUCGGGCCACAAGCGAAGCGCGUGGAGAAGUUGAAAGCGAUCAGCGCGGCGAAUCAAAUUCGUGAUCAAGAUCACAACGGACGUGCCCGAGUUGAGAUAACUGAUGAGUUCAGCUCGGAUGUGGACAAACAGCACUUUUUCGAUAUUUUGGGUUCAGGCGCACCCAACCAAGUGCCGGAUGAGGCUGCUGAGCAAGAGGAUGGCGCUUUUGAGACGGCCGAUGCAAACUCAGUAACCCUGUACAAAGUAUCAGAUGCGCGUGGUGGUCUGAAAAUCGAUCCCAUCUCCGUAAAACCUUUGCGCCAAGAAAUGCUGGACACCAACGACUGUUUCAUUUUGGACACUGGUUCUGGCAUUUACGUUUGGGUGGGCCGUCGUUCGACACCAAAGGAAAAGACUGAUGCCUUGAGCAAAGCACAGGAAUUUUUAAGUACCAAGAAGUACCCCGCGUGGACACAAGUACAUCGCGUUGUCGAAGGCGCUGAAUCUGCACCAUUUAAACAAUAUUUCGCCACUUGGCGCGAUGUCGGUAUGGCACACACCCGCUUGGUGCGCUCUGCUAUGGGUUAUGACUCCGACGACGCGGAAUUGAGCGAACUCACCGAUGUUGAGGAACUCAAAAAGAGUGGCGGUAGUGCUAUUGGCUUCAUGCCCGAUAAUGGUCAGAAUGAUAUCGUCGAAACGGUACAAUACGUUAGUAAUCACGGACGUGGUGACGCUUUACGAAAUGUUGUUCCACUGACCCCAAAUAUGCCCUUGUUGGGAUUCGGUGCCUAUGUUAUUACUUACAAGUACAACAACAUAAAAGGUGAAUCAGGCUUCAUUGUAUAUGUGUGGGAGGGUGUUAAGGCCACACAGUCUGUUAAAGAACGCGCGUUCGAGGAUGCCUUGGCCUUGGCGCUGGAGCGUGAUGCAAUCUUAGUGCGUACCACACAGAACAACGAACCACGCCAUUUCCUCAAGUUAUUCAAGGGAAAACUUGUUACAUCGUACACCCCCAUACCAAUCCAUCCACAAUUAUAUCGCAUACGUGGCACAGACGCCAGCGAUGUGCACGCUAACGAAGUGCUUGCCGACUCUUCCUCAUUGGCCUCCAAUGAUGUCUUUGCGCUGACUUCAAUGGAACAGCGCAAGGUGUAUAUAUGGGUUGGCUUGGCAGCUAGCAAGUUCGAGAAAGACAUGGCCAUCGAGCGUUUUUCAGGGUAUUGGUCCGACGCUGUUGUCGAAGUGAUUGAGGAGGGCGCUGAACCCGAUAACUUCUGGGAGCUUUUACAUGGAGAGGGCAUCUAUGAUCGCAGCAUGAGUGAGGCCACGAAGCCACUGCUGGAGCCAAGGCUAUUCCACUGCCGUUUAAAUGGUGAACAGCUACAAGUGGAGGAAAUUCCGCAAUUCGAACAAGCUGAUCUCGACACAAAUGAUGUUAUGCUAUUGGAUGCUGGUGAUGAAAUCUAUAUGUGGGUCGGCACAGGCGCCACCGCUGAGGAAAAUGGCAGAAUUCUAGAGUUGGCCAAGAAAUACCUUAAAGAUGAGCCUACAGAACGCACCAUCGAUACAACCACUGUUAUACGCAUCGAACAGAGUAACGAACCUCGCGCCUUCACCCGCAUGUUCCCCACUUGGGAGGCUAAUUAUUGGCAGUAAUGAUUUUGAAUGAACUAUCACACAUUGGACAUACAUACAGCACGCAAAAACACAAACAAACAUUUACAAUACUAAACUCAUAAUUACAAAUACAAAACUUCAACGAACACAUUAUACAUAUCUACUUGUCUUAAAUGUUUUAACAAUUCUUUAACAAAUUGUAGUAAGCCAUAAAACACAUUACAUGUAGAUUAACAAUUUUUUUUAAUCACUUAUCCUACUUUUUAUUACAAUUAAUAUACUAACCUAAUAUUUCUAUAAUAAUUUUCAAUAAAUACUUUGUUUCCUUUUUAAUAAAACUGA